CAAAGUUGUGUAAAAACACAGAACUAUCAGAAAAUUAUUUAAAACUUUAAUCCAAAUAUAAACAAGGAUGUUUAAUCAUUUUAUGAAGAACAUCUCAUCAUUAAUUCUUCCUUAAAAGUGUUACUUUAUACGUUGCGACGGUUUCGCUUAAAGCUAGUAGUGUGGGCGGCCAACAGAAUUAAAUAUGAAGCCAGGAAAGAGUGUAGAGAUAAAAGAGGAGAUAGUGGAAGUUCAUACAGCAGCCCGGUCUCCUUCUCCGAAGCAAAAAGUGAAGGUACGAUCCCGUAGCGGCUCUGGUUCGCGUAAACUUUCGAAUGGUCAUGUUACCCAAGAAGAACCAGAAAUACAACAUGAAGAACCUUCGGAUAGGUCUAAAACUAGAGAGAACUGGACGAAAUCCGAGCAAGAAUCGUUAGACACCGAACUGCCUAUACAUGAUCAAAUUAAAAUGGGUAUAUUAGGUUUUGUUGAGAAAGAAAUUAAGAAAUCUGAUAAAAAUCCUUCAUUUGUAUUCUAUUCUCACGACCCUAAUGGUUUAGAUGAAAAGUUUAUGAAGACACUGUCCAGGCCGUCUAGCGGUCAUAAGGAGAAACGCAGUCCUUCUUAUAGGAAGAAAAAGAGGCAUUCAUCUCGGCAUAGAGAUAGAGAUUUACAUGAUUUUGAAAUACCGGGCUCUAGUCUUAUUGCAUUAGAAAAGGUUGAUGACUACUUAAAGGAGUAUAACAAGGAUGAAGAGGUAACCUUGAGUGGAGAGUUAGAAAUUGAGGCAAAUGAUGUUGAAAAUAACAACGGUUCAUCAAAAGGGUUAAAGCACAAACCCAGGAAGACUCGACGGAAACUGAGAGAAGAACGGCAUGAUACUAAUGCAAAUGGAAGAGAUGUUAGCCCCAAAGUGUUUAAGACUGGAACUAGGUCCAAAACAAUUUCUAAAGCAGCUCGUCCUACCGAUCUAACUAAGAUGCUAGAAAGUUUAGAGUCCAGUGUCCCAUACCACGACCAGUAUAUAGACAACCCGUUCUCAUCACCGUCGCCACUCACGUCACCUAAUGAUGAAAGAAUAGACCCAUUUAGGGCUCAGAGGCCUGAGAAGAUAUAUUUGCAGGGUGGCGGAACUUUCAGAGCUGUGUCAAGAGAUAGAAUGCUAGAGUCACAGCAAUCAAGAGAUGAUGACAAAUAUUCAAGGAUAGGUGACCUAACCCCCCUAGACGUGGCCCUCGCGGCGCAAAAAGCGUGGCGCAGCUGUGCUCCCGCUUGCCACGGUGUGCUGGGUGGGCUGUCACUCUUGCACCUGCUCCUCAUCAGCUACUCGGACAGCUUGGACGCGGGACACCUCUCCUUCCACGCGCUCGUCACCAUGCCAUACGUCGCCAGCUACUACUUCUUCUGCGUUCUAUGUCUGUUAUCUGUUCUAGACAGGUUAGAUGUGACCAGCAUCGACCUAACACGUGGGCUACAGCCAUGGUUUCAGCCGAUAGUGCUGGUGAUACUGUACACAGCUUGCUUGCUUGUAUGCACGGCAGCCAGGAUGUAUGACGAGCUGAUGGUAUACCAGUAUGCGCCGUUCGUGGCCAAUAUCACCAGCAAUGUCACUACUCCCACCAUCCCAACGUUCUACCACACGUGGACACACUUUUCGAUAUGGCGGGCAGUGCUCUCCAUCUUAGGUUUAGUAUACUUCAUCAUAUCCAACCCCCCGGACUUAGUGUAUGUGAACCUCAGCAAACUGUUGCAGUUCAAACAUUCGUUACAGAGUAUUGGAUGAUCACUCCAUUUUGUGCUCUUAAUAGUGAUUGCAUGUUAAAUACGCGUCGAGCAGUGAAUAUUACUUAUAUACACU